AUGCCUCCCGCCGUCUGCACUGCAAAGGCGUCCUACAAGAAACUACCCGGCAUCCUCGAGCUCACAAACACUCACCUCUUGUGGACGCCCGAUGGAAAGAAAGCACCCACUAUCCGCAUAGCUCACGCGGAGGCUGCAUUGUUAUUUUGUAGCAAGGAAGGCGCGCCCCAAGUCCGCCUGAAAAUUGGUCUGGUUGGAAAUGAAGCUGGCCACAACUUCACUUUCACAUCACCUCAAGCUGUGGCGCUCGCUGAGCGCGAGAAGUUUAAGAAUGAAUUGACCAACAUCAUUAGUCGAAACCGGAGCGGGCUUUCGACUCCUGUCACAAAGGCUCCCGCUACACCGGUCGCACCUGCACCAACGAAGACCCCCCCGUCCAGGAUACCAAUUUCCGCGAUAACAGCUUCUACGUCCCGUGCCGCAUCUGUUGCCAGUGAUUCAAGGGCAUCCGGCACCCCAGUCAAUGACCCUACAAAAGACUUCCGCCUCCGGAAGAAAGUACUUUUGAGUAAUCCUGAUCUGGCGGCUCUGCACAGAGAACUUGUCAUGGGAGGGCACAUUGCAGAGAAUGAGUUCUGGGAAGGCCGAGAACAUCUAAUUCUCGCUCAAGAAGCGGCGGAAAGUCAGAAGCGAGGCAAGCCUGGUCAGCUGGUGGAUCCUCGACCUCAGACCGUAGAUGGGGAGGUCAAGAUUAUCAUCACUCCUCAGCUGGUUCAUGAUAUUUUUGAGGAAUAUCCGGUUGUUGCGAAAGCAUAUAAUGACAAUGUCCCAAGCAAGCUGUCCGAGGCCGAGUUUUGGAAGCGCUAUUUCCAGUCAAAGUUAUUUAAUGUGCAUCGUGCCUCUAUCCGUUCAUCUGCAGCACAACAUGUUGUCAAGGACGACCCGAUAUUUGACAAGUACUUGGAGAAAGAGGACGAUGAGCUGGAACCCCGGCGACUGCGAGAAGAGGGGGUUGACAUUUUUAUUGAUUUGGCUUCAACCCAAGAAGACCACGGAGAGACAGGGAUUACAAACGAUAUUACUAUGCAAGCAGGAAAGCAAAGAGCAGUCUUGCCGCUGAUCCGCAAGUUCAACGAGCAUUCUGGUCGACUCCUUCACACCACUCUUGGCGAACCGUCUGCAAAGCGGAGACGGACGGAAGCAGGGGAAGCUCAUUACUCUCAGCUGGACCUGGAAGAUCUCCAUGAUAGUCAGGCUGCUGCUGGAAUCCUCUUGAAUAUGCAAGAUCGAGAGCGAUACUUUGAUAGCAGAAUCGCGAAUACCUCAGCACCCCAAGCCGCUGACCAGGCAAGCCAUAUCGAAUUGCACGCGAAUCCUCACGGGAGCGUCGCAUUGCAACAGCUGAAGGACAGCUUGCCGGGUUGGUCAGAUCAUUUGAGGAAGCUGAAACUCGAGAAGAAAGCAGGCGAGGCAGCACUAGUCGCCAUGACGCAGAACGUGUCCGCGCGACUAGAUGUCAAGAUGAGGAGAUCCGACAUACCCGAGGGUGUCUUCCGGCAGAUGACGACUUGUCAGACUGCCGCCAACGAGUUCCUGCGGCAGUUUUGGCUCUCAAUCUACCCAUCUACUAUGGAAGGGCAGACACUUUUGGCAGCAUCGCCCGCGCAGAAAGCCGCCAAGGCGGCGAAGAUGGCAGGAUAUCUGGCCAAGACGCACGAAAAGGUGGAGGCGCUCGUCCACAGUGCGCGGCAAGAAGGGGUAGAGCCCGCGCGUGUUCAGGUGGCAAUGCAACCUCUUUUGAACGCUGUGGACAAGGCACUUGCGUUCUGGCGCGCUCGAACUGCGAAAGCUGUGCGAUGA